CGGUAUGGGGGGCAAACACAGCAGUUACAGCUGUAUGUGGUGCCUGGAACUGGCCCACCAUUAUUUGGCAGGGAAUAGCUUUCAAAAAUGAAGCUGAACUGGUGUGACUUGAAAAUGCUCCACACGUUCCAGUCCAAAGAGAAAGGCACCGACCAAACACUGGAACACUUGCGGAAGAAAUACAACACAGUGAUCAGAUGGGAACAGUAAAAGGCUUCACAGCAAAACUUGUACUAAGAGAUGACGCAACCCCAAAAUUCUGCGAAGCCAGAUCUGUUCCAUACUCCCUGAGACCAAAGGGGGAAGCGGAAAUCGAUCGCUUGCAGGAUACAGGGUCCUGACGAAAGUGGACAGAAGCGAAUGGGCCACACCCAUAGAUCCUAUUGUGAAGAAAGACGGGUCUGUUAGAAUGUGUGGGGACUUCAAGGUAACUGUGAAUUCAAUGUUGCAUGUGGACCAAUACCCCCUGCCACGCCUGGAUGACAUCUUUGCUGCACUAGCUGGUGGGAAACACUUCAGUAAAAUCGAUCUGAAACAGGCUUACCUGUAGCUACCGGUUGAAGAGAGCUCCAAACAGUACCUGACAAUAAACACACACAAAGGUCUAUACAGGUAUAACCACCUGGUUUUUGGCAUUGCAUCGGCCCCAGCCAUUUGGCAACGAACUAUUGACCAGAUUUUGCAAGGAAUCCCAGGAACCCAGUGUAUCCUGGAUGACCUGAUCAUAACAGGCUAACCUGGAAGAGGUCCUGAGAAGACUGAAAGAGUAUGGUGUCUACAGGCAAACUUACAGAAGUGUGAGUUCGUCAAAGACAAGAUUGUCUUCUGUGGACAUGAAAUCGACCGCAAUGGAUUGCACAAAACACAGGACAAAAUCGAGGCAGUGGUACAGGCACCACGACCACAAAAUAUCACAGAAGUGAGAUCUUUCACUGGACUGAUCAAUUACUACAGAAGAUUCCUCCCAAACCUUUCAGCAGUACUCCAGCCUCUAAAUCAGCUCCUGGAAAAGAAUAGGACAUGGCGGUGGACAGAACAGUGUGAAACUGCAUUUCUUGAAGCAAAACGGCUCAUCACAUCUGAACAGGUCCUGAUGCAUUACGACCCUGAACUGCCAGUGAAGUUGGCUUGUGAUGCGUCCCCUUAUGGCUGCGGGGCCGUCCUUUCACACACACUGAAAGAUGGGUCAGAGAGGCCAGUUGCAUUUGCGUCACGAACGUUGAAUGAUGCAGAGAAAAACUACUCACAAAUCGACAAAGAAGCACUGGCGCUAGUGUGGGGCGUCAAGACACUCCACGCAUACCUAUAUGGCAAGCGUUUCACUGGUUACGGAUCACCAGCCGUUGCUUUCCAUUGUCAGUCCAAAGAAAGGCAUUCUGGGAAUGCCAGCAGCCAGGUUACAGCGAUCCGCCUUGUUCCUUCCAGUCAUAUGAAUGCCAGCAGCCAGGUUACAACGAUAUGCCUUGUUCCUCCCAGUCAUAUGAAUGCCAGCAGCCAGGUUACAACGAUAUGCCUUGUUCCUCCCAGUCAUAUGUAUGACAGCAGCCAGGUUACAGCGAUACGCCUUGUUCCUCCCAGUCAUAUGAAUGCCAGCAGCCAGGUUACAGCGAUACGCCUUGUUCCUCCCAGUCAUAUGAAUGACAGCAGCCAGGUUACAGCGAUAUGCCUUGUUCCUCCCAGUCAUAUGUAUGACAGCAGCCAGGUUACAGCGAUAUGCCUUGUUCCUCCCAGUCAUAUGAAUGACAGCAGCCAGGUUACAGCGAUAUGCCUUGUUCCUCCCAGUCAUAUGUAUGACAGCAGCCAGGUUACAGCGAUAUGCCUUGUUCCUCCCAGUCAUAUGUAUGUCACUGAGUUUAAGCCGUCGUCCCUCCACACAAAUGCAGAUGGAUUAUCCAGACUGCCGUGUACAAGAGAAAGACAAAGGAGUGUGGAUGCAGUGGACAUUUUCCAUACCGCUCAGCUCGAGGCACUACCGGUCACAAGCACAGUUAUCAAACAGGGAACAAGGAAAGAUGUGACCUUGUCAAAAGUGUUCACCUACACCAUGUCAGGAUGGCCAGCUACAGGCAGAGAGGAGCUGACUCCGUAUUUCCAGCGGAGAAACGUAAUUACAACGUACCAAGGAUGUUUGAUGUGGGGAAUGAGAGUCAUGAUACCCCAGAAAUGCCAACAUCAGGUUUUGCAGCAACUACAAGAAGAUACAGAGCUGUGAAACCCUGUCUGCAGAUGAAGAGCAAUGGUUCCCAGUCCUGUUCCUGGGGUGCACAUUUUUAUUUUUGCCUUAGCUGAUUCAAAUGAUCAAGUCAUCAUCAAGCUUCAAGUGAUGCCUUGCAACUUGAGAUUUCUUCAAAACGAUUGCCUACAGUCACUGUGUAGGGCACUGCACAGUUGGGUGACCAGGGCCACCUGGUCUCGUGGGGGAUUUCAAGCAUCUGUGAAGGCUACCUGUGUCCUGCAUAACUUCAUGAUGAUGAACAGGAGGGGACCUGCAGCUCUCCACCAUGUGCCAGAGGAGAGAGACCACUGAAGCAAGAAGAGAGAGAGAGAGAGAGAAACUUAAGCACAGAGGAAGAGAGCGAGUGUGAUAGAGAGAGGAAGAGAGCGAGU